UGGAUAUCCAGUGCAGCUCAAGUGUUUGAGUCCUACUAAAAAAAUAUUUAGUAAAGCUAAAAAAAAGUUCUUGCUUCAUUUUUAAUAUUUUGAGAUAACUUUAAAUAAAUUCCUUCACAUAAAUUAAAUUAAAAUGAGGAAUACAGUACUACAUUUCGUAAUUUUGACUAUUUUGUUACAAAAAUCGGACUCCAAGUCUCUUAAAAAUUUCGACAUUGGCAUCAACGUUGACGAAAUUCAGAAUGGGACGACCUAUAAAUUAACGAGCAUGAGUGACGGCCUGGUUAUCACAGUAUUAUCGGAUGGGACCGUGGUUUCGGAUAAAUGGAAAGGUCUCGAGGAACAAAAGUGGACCAUAUUUGAGCAUCCUUCCGAUAUAUUUGCCGUGUUACUUGUCAAUUACGCCGUUCCUUUCAAUGACUUCAGUGGUUAUGAAAAAUUGGAGGGGGAAACUCGUCCCAUAUUUCCGAAUCCUCUAUACCUGAAUAACAACAGAAUUAUGCCAAAUCUGGAAAAGAACGUCGUUAUUGGACACCAGGAGGACGAGCCCCCCGUCCCAUGGCAAAUACUUGUAGAUAAUCGCUGGUGCUUGCAAAAUGUUGGCCAAUGUGAACCAUUUGUCCCAUAUGAAUGCGAGAUUGAUCCAGCUCCGUAUCAGUUUUGGGAACUCGAGAUUGUUCAAUUAGGAGAGGAUGACAAUUUGGCUUAAUCUCAUUACAUGAUAUUUUUUAUCUUCAUGCAAUAUUUACAUAUGUCUGCAACAUGAUAUUUUAUCUCAAUGUAAAAUUUAUAUAAUACGAUAUAGUAUGUAUGUAACAUAUAUAGUUUAAUGCUUAUUAUCUCAUUGCGUAAGGUGCUCAUGCUGUUGUGAAGCAAAUACAAAUAUAUAAAUUGAAAAACAGUCAAAGUAUGUGGUAUCCUCGUGAACAAUAAAAUACAUAUUAAAGACCUA